AUGGGUAGAAAACCUUGCUGCUCCAAAGAAGGAUUGAACAGAGGAGCUUGGAGUGCUAUUGAGGACCAGAUUCUGAUAGAUUACAUCAAAACCAACGGUGAAGGCAAAUGGGGAAAUAUUCCCAAGAAAGCUGGCUUAAAGAGAUGUGGAAAGAGUUGCAGGCUUAGAUGGUUAAACUAUUUGAGACCUGAUAUCAAGAGGGGUAACAUAUCUCAAGAAGAAGAGGAUCUUAUCAUUAGACUUCACAAGUUGCUAGGCAACAGAUGGUCACUGAUAGCAGGGAGAAUUCCGGGGCGAACAGACAAUGAAAUAAAAAAUUACUGGAACUCAACCUUAGGAAAGAAGGUUAAAGCUGAACAGGCAAAGCAAUCCAAGGACGAAUUGGAGAAAGGCAAGAUACAGCCAUUGGCUGAAACCCCACAAUCCACUGCACUUAGGACCAAGGCAUCCAAGUGCUCAACAUGUUUAGUCACCCAGGAGGCAUAUAAAGCUGAAAUCAUUAACGCAGACCUGGUGCAUGAAGCCAGAUUGGAAUCCCCAAAGAGUGGGGGAACAGUACUGUCUACAACUUCCGAGGAAGCUCAUUCAGUAAACUCAGCGUUGGAGUUUGAUAUAGGGGAGCUUUUGGCGUCUGAUAUCUCAGAGUCAGAGUUUUGGAACUACUGUCAGGUUAAUAAAAAUAGCAUGGAAGAAGGUGAAAGCAGCGGUGUUGCUAGAAACAUGUGGCUUUCUUCAGACCAGCAUCUUCAAUUUUCUGAGGAAAUGCUGACAGACUGGAUAAGAGAUGAUAUAUAG